CGAAGAUGAAAAAGAAAGAAAACAUAAGAAGAAAAAGAAUAAAGCUGACGAAAUACCGAAUAAAGCUGAUGAAACACCAAAUAAAUCUAAUGAAAGAUCAUAUAAACGCGAUUUGAUCAAUAUUCAAAGUAUAAACACGCAAGCAGGUUCACAGUCUACAUCUAUAAAUCGAACUAAAAAUCGACCAAGGGCAUCGGAUCUAUGGUAG